AUGGAUUUUGGGUUUGAGAGGUCGGAGUGUGACCCCGCCUUGUACCACUUGGUGAGGCAUGAGGGCAGGCUGUCCCUCUACCUCUAUGUGGAUGACAUUCUGCUCAUGUCCUCGAGCAUGGCAUUGCUGGAAGAGGUGAAGGGUCUCUUGUCCUCUCGGUUCCGCAUGAAGGACUUGGGGGAGGCCAAGUACUAUUUGGGGGUGCAGAUUGAGCGUGAUGAGAGGUUCAACGUGCAUGCACAUGUUGAGGAGCCCUUGCUGCGAGAUGAGCUGGUCAAGCUCUAUCAAAGCAUUGUGGGGUCUCUCAUGUAUGCCAGCACGACCACACAGCCCCAGAUUGCUUAUGCAGUGUCACAGCUGUCCAAGGUCGUGUCUUGUCCCAAGGCAUUUCACUUGCAGGCUGCUAAGAGAGUGCUAAGGUACCUGAAAGGUUGUGUCAAGUCCGGUAUCUUCUACCCCGCACACAACAAGCCUCAUGUUGAGUUGGUGGGCUUUAGUGAUGCUGAUUAUGCUGGAGAUUCAGCUGAUCGCAAGAGUCACACCGGCUACAACUAUUGCCUUAAUGGUGCAGCCAUCUCUUGGCAGAGCAAGAGGCAGCCAGUGGUUGCAUUGUCCACCACUGAGAGUGAGUACAUCAGUCUGUGUCAGUGCAUUCAAGAGGGUGUGUGGCUGAAGCGAUUGUUUGGGGAGUUUGGGCAUGAGUUUGCUGGUGGUGUGCCUGUGUUUGUGGACAACCAGUCUGCCAUUGCCCUUGCACAGAAUGCAUGCUUGCAUGGCCGCACCAAGCACAUGCAGGUUCGGUGGCAUUUCAUCAGGGAGAUGGUAGCGUGUGGCAAGGUGAUCCUCCGGUGGUGCCCCACCGACCGUCAAGUAGCAGAUAUACUCACCAAACCCCUCCCUUUUGAGCGGCAUGGUGUGUGCAUGUCCUUGAUGGGGAUGCAGCCCCAUGUCAGCAUGGUGCCUGAGCAGGAUGUGGGAGGACUGGUGCUUCUCUGCAUUGACGACCUCAUGCUGUGGAUGGCGCCCUUCCCUGAGCAAGGGGGAGUGAAGUGA